AUGGAAAAACGGAAGAGCAAAUCCAGGCCACAUGGGCACAAGAGCGCAGCUUACCUACUUUGCAAAAACAUCAAAAUAACUAAGCUUAGCAACAAACUUAAUUACAAAAAGCUAGAAUCAUUUAAAAUUCUACAACAAAUUUCCCUAAUUAACUACAAAUUAGUACUAUUUUACGAAAUAAGAAUGUACUCGUGUAAUGAGCACUGCAGUAAUCCGAAGAUUCCAAAGUACACAAAAGGUUUAUGCUAA